AUGACAGAAUACUGCAUGCACGAAUCUUUCAUGGCCAACUGUACAUCCCCAACAUCUUCAUCGGCUGCAUCGUCAUUAUCGACUUCAUCACUGCAGUACAUUCCAUCAACAUCAUCCCUAUCUUCAUCACCCCCCACUCCAAUGAUCGACUUGGUGAUACUGAUGACGUCAGCAAAGUUUGGGAGGAUGAGGAUGGGUCGGUGCAUAGGUGAGGGAUACAGUCUGGGUUGCUCCAAGGACGUUCUCCCCUACAUGGACAUGAUGUGUUCAGGGCGCAAGUUUUGCAAUGUCAGUGUUCGAAAUCUGGUAGACAUACAUCCGUGCCAAAGAGACUUUGCUUCGUAUCUGGAGGCCAAAUACGUCUGCGUUGAAGUCAUAUUAUAUAAUUUUGUGGCCAUAGUUAUGCGGUUGUGGUAUAGUGAGCAGUACGCACCGAAGUGA